GAGACGGACGUAACGUGCGACGGUGACGCAAAAAUAUAUUCAGACCUUCGACGCGCAGAUCCGCGAAUCGCGUUUCAGUUUCCCGUGCGACUCUCAUCUAGAAACUCUCCCUGAAAAAUUCCCAUUUGCAGCCAGGAUCAUUUUCCGCUUCGUGGCGAAGAGGUGGUUUUAUAUCACGGACUAUUUGCUUAUUCUUAUUGUUGUAAAGGAUAAACAGGAUGGCUUGCAAAUGUGUUUUGAACAAAUUCUGUUGCUGCGGAUCACUCAGACUUGGCACGUUAGUUGCCGCAAUUUCUGCAAUUGUUUUUUCAAUAAUCGGAAUCAUUGCCAUUCCAUUAUUGAAAGUAAAAUUAUCCACAAUCGUUUUAGAUUGGUUACCGCCUUUAGUUGUUAAAAUCAUCAUUAUCAUCAAUUUAAUCAUGACAAUUAUUAUUUCAAUUCUCAUGAUUGUUGGCGUCAUAAAAAGAAAUAUGUAUUUGAUGGCACCGUGGGUGAUUUUGGGAUUCAUGUUGGCGAUCGGACUUCUCGUUUCUAUUUUAAUGACAUCCAUUAAUUUUUACAUAGAGGACGAUACAUUAAACGGUUCCCUGUGGUUGGGAUUAGGGCUUGUGGCUUUUGUUGUCUAUUGUUACAUGUGGUUGGUAGCCUUCAGUUUCUUCUAUGUGAUUUACCAGGAAAGCGGAAGAGGUGCUUAUACCAAAGAUCCUUUCAGAAGGCAGUACUGAAAAACAAGACUGAGUGAGAGAUGAAAUCAGUCUCGAAACAUAACAGUCUGCCUACUAUUUGACAACAGCUUUAUUUUAUAUAUAUAUAUAUAUAUAUAUAUAUAUAUAUAUAUAUAUAUAUAUAUAUAUAUAUAUAUAUACAUCAAUGAUCAUAACAGAUUCAAAAUACUCAUUGUUAAUUUUAGGGAUAUUUUUUAAUACUCGACUGUACAGUUUAUUUAAUUGUAUCUAGGAUGUUACUAAAGUACUUAUUCAUGCAAAGUAUAUUUUUGUAACAGUUUAAAUAGCGGUUAAGUUUUUGUUACUAAUUUAUUUAUGUUGUUUAUUGUAUUAAAAUUAUAUUUUAUUGAGUUUA